UAAAAGGCGUUAAAAAAAAAAAAAAAAAAAAAAAAAAUCUUAAAAGGCGUUCUUAGUUUAGUUCAGUAGAUUUCCAAAAAUGGGUACUUAACAUGUACUCUUGUAGAUUCGACCUGAUUCUCUAAAUAAUACUAUUAAUUUAUGUCUUCAGUUUGUUAAAUGUUAGAAUGUAGUAAAUUAUGUUUUGUGACUUGUUUCGUUAUACAGGAAGAAAAAAACUUACAUAUAAAUACAAAGUUAAAUUUCAAAAGAUUUCCUUAAAAACCAUUACAAAUGUAUUGAAAGUGUAUGAUGUUUAGACAAAUGUGUAUUUUCUCUAUUAAAAAAUAUGUAUGAUGUUUAGACAAAUGUACAACUAUUAAAAUUAUUUAAUUUAAAAUAUUAUUAAAAUAGAAAAUUAAAAUUAUUUAAUUAAUUACAAAAUAGCUAAUAAAAUGUUAUUGAUUGCAUGUUUUCUAAUAAAAUUACUUAGAAAUAUGAAAAUAUGUUACAUAUUUAAACAUCAAAACUAUCUUAAAACCUUUCGAAACAUUUUACAUUUUAUAACUUAGGGAGUAUUAUCUAAUCAAAGAAAAGGUAGUAUAAGUACAAAAAGUUAGUAAUAUAUUUCGGCUACAUUACGUAUAUAUAUCUAAACACUAGAUUUCGUAAUCCACUUUUGUAAAGGUAUCCGUAUAUCGUAGAUCUCUAUGUUGUCGUCUUCUUUCUAUUAAGCUUUUACUAUAUUUUUAUUAUUCACCUUUUUCUUCUUCUUCUUCUUCUUCUUCUUUGUUGUUUAUUUUUUAUUUCUUGAGUUUAUUUUCGUUACAAAUGCGUUAUUCUUGUUGGACUCCGGAGCAAAUACAACGACGAAGGAAAGAAAUUUGUAUUUUCUGGUAGUAUAUAAAGAUAUUCUUAUUACCAAAAAAGAAAAAGAAAAGUCAAAUUAAUUAGUUUUGGUGUCAUUAUUAUUUAUUUUGUUGUCAAGUGAGGUCAUUAUUAUUAAUUUAUAUCUAAUGACUCAUAGACUCAGACUCUACGAACUUUCCAUAAACUCCUUUGACUUUUUUUCUAAUUUUCUUCUGACCAUCGUUUCAUUUUACUUCGCUUUAUCUUCUCUUUCUCAUGUUUAAACACUAAGCUGUUUUUCUCCGCCCGAGUUUCGGUGAGUUUUCUUCUCUUCAUCUCUAAAACUAAUCACCAUUGUGUCAAUUAAUUGCACCACCAAACAUUUUACGGUGCUUUCAGUUUCGACUCAAUAUCUUUUAGUUUCUCUCUGCCUGUGAAAUUUCAUAUUUUUCGAUUAACAAGGUACCAUCUUGUGACACACGGACUAAAAGCAUGGGUUACUAUCCAUUACUUACAACUCGAAAACUUUUUUCUGCAUUUACGAGGUUGUAUUGAUAAAGGUUUACCAAAGAUGAAAAUUGAGAUUACUGAAGCUAGUUUAUUAAGUUUACUAUGGAGAUGAUCAGAAUCUUUUAGUCAAUCAUAAAAUUUUGGGUAUUUUAAAGCCUCAAUGUUUUGUUGUUUGGAGUUUGGCUUUGAGGAAAGCUAAGGAAAGCUAAGAUAGUAGGGAUGCCUAACAAUUGCAUUUACUGUCUCAUUUAUCAUUGCCAUGCUUAGAAUGUAAUUAAAGCAUUCAUUGGUGGAACUAAGAGUAUCCAGUACAAGAUUUUGUUCUUAGUACUAAGCAGUCAUUUGAUAUUGUGGUGCUUCAGUUUCAGUCUCCGUGUUGUCUUCAUUCCUUUGGUUACUUUCCUUGAAAAAUAUAUUGAUUUGGUGUUAUGAUCUUCUCUUUUUUCUAUGAUAUGUAGACGUCUUGAUAAUAUAUCACUUUCAUACAAGUGAGCUCUUGAGGUGUAUUCAAAUGGUUGAUCUUAAAGAGGGGAUGCCAGUCUCCUCAUCUUCAUCCUCCCCAUCAUCAUCUUUGCCACUAUCAACAAUGCAAAUAGAUGUAGAAAUGUGGAAGAUUGCUGAGGAAAGGGCUCAGGAGAUACUAAACACCAUCCAACCAAUCUGUGUUGCCGACAGAAGUAGGAAUGAGAUCUUGGCUUAUGUCCAAACCCUUGUCAGGAAUCGUCUUGGAACUGAGGUCUUUAAUUUUGGUUCAGUGCCAUUAAAAACCUAUCUCCCAGAUGGAGAUAUUGAUCUGACAGUCCUAACUCCUCAAGAUAAGGAGGAGGACUUUGCUAAAGCAUUGCUCAGUAUUCUUGAAGCUGAAGGCGGAGAAUCUAACUUCCAUGUUACUGAUGUUCAGUAUGUCCCAGCACAGGUCAAGGUCAUAAAGUGCAAGAUCAAGAACAUUGCUGUAGAUAUCUCCUUUAAUCAAAUGGGAGGACUAUCUGCUUUAUGUUUUCUGGAGCAGGCUGACCAAAUUUUGGGGAGAGACCACCUGUUCAAACGUAGCAUCAUUUUGAUCAAGGCUUGGUGCUAUUAUGAGAGCCGUAUACUCGGUGCCAACACUGGAUUGAUUUCAACAUAUGCAUUGGCAGUACUAGUCUUGCAUAUUGUCAACAUAGGUUAUCCAUCACUGUCUGGCCCUUUAGCGGUACUGUUUAAGUUCUUGGAUUACUAUGCAUCAUUUGAUUGGGGUAAGAACUGUGUCACGGUCCAUGGUCCUGUCCUGAUAUCUUCUCUUCCAGAUAUGACCGAAACCGAGCAUCAUGAAGUUGUCUUGAACGAGAAGUUCGUUAGAGAAUGCAUGGAGUCAUAUUCGUUUUCAACUAAAGCUGUUGAAGCGAACGGCCGGCAUUUUCCUGUGAGGUAUUUCAACAUAGUGGAUCCUUUGAAACACAGUAACAACCUUGGCCGUAGUGUGACACAAGGCAAUGUGCAACGUUUAAAACAUGCUUUUACUCUAGGAGCUAAGAAGCUCAAAGAUGUGCUUACACUGCCUAGAGAAACCAUGGGCUGGAAACUUGAGAAUUUCUUUGGUAAUUCACUGGAGAGAAACGGUAAGGGACAAAGACUAGACGUGGAUGAACCUAUCACGGCUUUUGGCACUGGAAGAUCAGAAUUAUCUGAGCUCAGAGGAGAUUUUGAAAGAUACUUCCAGAGUCUUGUAUAUGGGAAGUGGUUUCAUGGUCAGGACACAAGUUCUUGGGACACUGUGAAUGGCCAAAAUAAUGGUUUCUAUUGGAGGAAUGUGAAUGGAGCAACCUCGUUGCAGAACAUGGGAAGAUCAAGAGGAACAGGCACUUUCUUUCCUGAAAUGGUACAUUCACCACUACCUAGUCUUUAACUUAGUAUUUGAAAUUUUUUUUUUUAAUAUUUCUGAAUUUGUAUGAGUUAAUGGUUUUGUUUAUACUAUUUACAGGGACAACAAUCUUAUACAGACAGGUUCGGUAGCCAACCGAGGACAGUGAAGUCAUUGCCUUCAGGGUCUCAGUCUUAACUUUUUUAACAGAAUAUUUAAAUUGAUCUCUUGCAUAAUAACUUAGGUUUAAACAAUGACAAAAAUUUAUUUUUGCAAUGGUUGCUAAACAUGAAUUUCAAGAGGUUGAAGCAGAUGCUUCUUUUCAGGAUUGUAAUUGACUUUUAUGUUCAUUUAAAGAUCUCUUGGACAGAA